GCGCCGCCGCUAUCGCACGGCAUGCUGGGAGCGAGAGGCGGGGUCGGCCCCGCCGGGCCUGGGGAGAGAGGCGGGUCCUGUCGGCGGGGAUCUUCACUACUGCGGCCACACACUUUUCUCCCAAAAGCUUCCCGGAAAGCACCGGGAUUUUAAAAACUUUAGGCUUUGUCUUUUCUUCUUCUUCUUCUUCUUUUUUUUUUUUUUUUUGGUGGGGGAAACAAUAUAGAAGGCUUUUCCUUCUCUGCAACGAUUUUGUGGCUUCCUAGAGGUCAGGAGAGUGUUGGUCAUGGGAAAGAAGGUUGAAUUCAGUCUGCCCACAUGGGCGUGCCUAGCUUUAGAACAGCGCUAUUUAGGAGAAGUUGGAAGUUACACCCUUUGGGAUUCGCAGAGGCAUUUUUGGAACAUCUUUGGAAAAAAUUGCAGGAUCCAAGUAAUCCUGCCAUCAUCAGGCAGGCUGCUGGAAAUUAUACUGGAAGCUUUUUGGCAAGAGCUAAAUUUAUUCCUCUUAUUACUGUAAAAUCAUGCCUAGAUCUUUUGGUUAACUGGCUGCACAUAUACCUUAAUAACCAGGAUUCGGGAACAAAGGCAUUCUGCGAUGUUGCUCUCCAUGGACCAUUUUACUCAGCCUGCCAAGCUGUGUUCUACACCUUUGUUUUUAGGCACAAGCAGCUUUUGAGCGGAAACCUGAAAGAAGGUUUGCAGUAUCUUCAGAGUCUGAAUUUUGAGCGGAUAGUGAUGAGCCAGCUAAAUCCCCUGAAGAUUUGCCUGCCCUCAGUGGUUAACUUUUUUGCUGCAAUCACAAAUAAGUACCAGCUUGUCUUCUGCUACACCAUCAUCGAGAGGAACAAUCGCCAGAUGCUGCCAGUCAUUAGGAGUACCACUGGAGGAGACUCAGUGCAGACCUGCACAAACCCACUGGACACCUUCUUCCCCUUUGAUCCCUGUGUGCUGAAGAGGUCAAAGAAAUUCAUUGAUCCUAUUUAUCAGGUAUGGGAAGACAUGAGUGCUGAAGAGCUACAGGAGUUCAAGAAACCCAUGAAAAAGAUGAGGUCAAGAAUUGGCUACUGUCCUCAAUUUGAUGCCUUGCUGGAAUAUAUGACUGCUCAGGAAAUAAUGAUUAUGUAUGCCAGAAUAUGGGGAGUCUCUGAGCCCCAGAUUGGGCUGUAUGUGAACAAAUGGUUGAAUUCACUGGAACUGGAGUCUCAUGCUGCCAGGCUUAUCAACACCUACAGUGAAGGAAACAAACGUAGGCUGAGUACUGCUAUUGCCCUAAUGGGAAGGUCUUCAGUCAUCUUCCUGGAUGAGCCAUCAACUGGCAUGGACCCAGUAGCCAGAUGCCUGCUCUGGAACAUGGUGACAAAGACACGUGAAAGUGGAAAAGCCAUCGUUAUGACCUCCCACAGUAUGGAGGAAUGUGACACCCUCUGUACCAGUCUAGCCAUCAUGGUGCAAGGGAAGUUCACUUGCUUGGGCAGCCCUCAGCAUCUCAAGAGCAAGUUUGGUAACAUUUACAUCCUGAAGGUCAAGAUCAAGACUGAAGAUAAAUUAGAGGAUUUUAAAUGUUAUGUUGCGACAACAUUUCCAGAAUAUAUGACUGCUCAGGAAAUAAUGAUCAUGUAUGCCAGAUUAUGGGGAGUCCCUAAGCCCCAGAUUCAACUGUAUGUGAAGAAAUGGUUGAAUUCACUUGAACUGGAGCCUCAUGCUGAUGAGCUUAUCAACACCUACAGGUUGCUGACCCUCCCGGUGUGUCCCGGGCCUGCUCUGGGGGACACAGCGGCGAAUACGUUGAACGAGGCCCCUGUUUCACGGAGCUAAAGAUCCAGUAAGGACUUCACCCAGCGAGAGGCAACUACGCUGGGCUUCGAUACCCAAAACCUCUGCAGAAAGGUGGAGUGGCAGGAAUCUCCUGAAGCCUCCAACGUCCAGGAACGCGGAAACCCAGGGCCUCCAGUGCAGGUGUCAUCCCGGAGGGCGCAUGCGGAGUCCCAAGAGAGGCGCGUCCCAUUGGACAAUCCCGAGCGGAAGAGCCCAAGAUAGCGGGGGGAGUUGUGACAGGCUGCUGCAGACGUACUUAGAAAAGGGGUGCAUACUGGAUAUUCAGGCCAGGAGAAGAAUGCAAAAAGCAGUGACGUACAUUAUUCUCUGCAUAUUUACUUGGGAAAUUGUGCGUCUCCCCAUUCUGAGUCUUGGAGGAAUUGGACUGGUCCAACCUUAUAAAGAGAGCAGUAGAGCGCGGCAGUAUAGAGAGUACCUCACGAAGGGGACGUGGGAAAGUGUUAGCGGGGAACGCUGGGAAACUCCCGGCCUCCGCCACCAUCUUGCUUUCCUUUAAUCCGGCAGUGACCGUGUGUCAGAACAAUCUUGAAUCAUGAAGCUACUAACCAGAGCCGGCUCCUUCUCGGUGAGCUCAGGUGGCGGGUUUGGGAAAGGGCUGGGGAGCAGUGUGUCGACAAGGUGAUACGAGGCGGAGGUGUCUGGUCUGGGGUCUGGGCCUUGAGAUUCGGUCUGCCCUUCAGCUGAACCCUGCGGGCCAAGUGGGCUGCAGACUGGGUCAGGCUUUGGAGGCCCAGCUCAUGCUGUGAGCACAAGAGACCUAACACCGGGAAACCUGAAGAGAGGGGCAGGACGUGAGAGCGGAGUUGAAGCGACUCCCUGGAGAGACUUCUGAAGGUCACUCCGGUACUCAAGUGCUGGAGAAAGAGACCGUGAAACCCAGGGGGAGCGGGAGGACGGCGCACUUAGCCCCCCACCUUCACUUUAUCCGCUGCAGCCUCUGCUCCUUGGUUUAUCACGGAGCGUCAGUUUCCCCAGCGAAUAAAAGUAUAAGAAAAGAGCUAAUGCAGAUAGAACACUUAUUACAGUACCUGGAACUUCAUUGUUAAAUACUAUGGUGUCUUAGUAGUCUAACAUUGCUUUUCUUGAUCGUAUGUUAGACGGUUCCUCCAAGACGUCUCUGUUUGUCCUCAAAAGCUCCUUAAUUAAGUUUCCCCUUCAAGCCUAAAUUAAACAUAGCUGUCACUUGGGGAAAACUCACACAUCAGGGUUAUAUCACUGUGGGACAGUGGUUAUUAAGAGGGGUAAGGGGGAACACUUAAAAAAUUACAGCGAGGGACAGAAUGCCCCCAGGGAACCGGUGGCGAUGUUUGGAGAUAUAUUUAGUUGCAACAACUUGUAGGGAGGGUGCUAUUGGCAUGGAGAGGCCAGGGAUGCUGCUAAACUUCGCCCUACAGCAAAGAAUUAUCUAGCCCCAAGUGCAAGUAGUAGUACCUGUGUUGAGAAACCCCCCUAGAUGGAGAUGCAGAAGACCAGACCUGGGCAUGGAAUGUUCUUAUGCUUUACGUUUACAUAAAUGUGCUGUGGGCUAUAUCAAUUUAGGCUGUAAUUGCAUUAACCUUCCAGGUAUACCUAGACACACCAGUGAUUACCCUUGGAGGGAAGCACAGUUAGAUUGGCAAAAGACCCCAAAAUUUCCUUCUCCAUUCUAUUUUGCAACAGAAAAAGCUCAGAGAAAACAGUUGGAGAGGCCCAAAGUAAACAAAUUGCAGUAAACUUGAAAGCAAUUAUUUAUGUGUCUAAUUUUAGCACUUUAUAUAGGAGAAUAAACUUAGAUAUAUCUUGUUAUUAGAACAAAAUAAUUUAGAAAAUUGCAUGACAGUUACUAGGAUAAUUUGCUGAUUUGAAUGGGACGAUUAAGAAGCACAUUACCGGCCGAGCGCGAUGGCUCACACCUGUAAUCCUAGCACUUUGGGAGUCGGAGGCAGGCGGAUCACUUGAGAUGAGGAGUUCGAAACCAGUCUGGCCAUCAUGGUGAAACCCCGUCUCUACUAAAAAUACAAAAAAAAAAUUAGCCGGGCGUGGUGGUGGUGGGCGCCUCUAAUCCCAGCUACUCGGGAGGCUGAGGCAGGAGAAUCUCUUGAACCCAGGAGGCGGAGGUUGCAGUGAGCCGAGAUCGCACCGCUGCACUCCAGCCUAGGCGCCUAGGCGACAGAGCGAGACUCCGUCUCAGAAAAAAAAAAAAAAAAAAAAAAAAUUACCAACAAAGAGUCACUAUUUGGGCACAUUUGGUUGGAAAACACCUAAAAUCUCACUUGGUAACGGAAUUAUAGAUUAUUCAUAUUUGAAUUGCUAUGCCCAUAUAUCUUAAAAGUUUACUUUUUGGAAAAUUAUAGGCCAAAAUUACAAAGAAGGUUAACUAUACUAUACCCAGCAAACUAAAUUGAUGACGAUAAAGUAAAGCUAAUUGUAAUUCAUAACUGAAAAGCAGUACUAAAAGCAAGUGAUAACCAGCAGCCAACCUAGUACAGCACUAAUGAUGUACAACAAACAGCCUUCUGGACAGCACAGAGUGGAGGCAUUGCAGACUGUGCAGGGAUGUCUGGGAAACUCCAGUGAGGAGGUGUUCAUUGGGUCUUGGGAGCACCAAAUUUUAUUCACUCAUCGUCUCCUCUAAUAACCUCAUGAACUUUAGUCAUAAUCAGAAUGAUUUGUAUGGCAUCGUAUAACAUUUGCCAAAACAAACUGAAUAAAAUGAAUGCAUUUUGGGUCCAUUAUCUAAUAUUUAAUGGGACCCUUUUACCCUACCAGUAACUGCAUUUUAUAUAUUGAGAAUCUGAUGUGGAUGAAGCCAUUGUUAAUCUCAGGAUGACAUACAUGUCAUAAAUGUUUUAUUUAGUCAAAAAAACUAAGACCUUUGGUUGUGUGGUCUUAAUACAGCACACAAGAGUGAAGAUACAAUGGAAAAUAUUGAGGGCUUGGAGGAAGUUGGUAUAUACUUUGUCUUUUUCUUUUUUUUUUCUUGAGACGGAGUUUUGCUCUUGUUGCCCAGGCUAGACUGCAAUGGCACAAUCUCGGCUCACUGCAACCUCCGCCUCCCAGAUUCAAGUGAUUCUCCUGCCUCAGCCUCCCCAGUAGCUGGGAUUACAGGCAUGCGUCACCACGCCCCGCUAAUUUUGUAUUUUUAUUAGAGAUGGGGUUUCUCCGUGUUUGUCAGGCUAGUCUCGAGCUCCUGACCUCAGGUGAUCCGCCCACCUUGGCCUCCCAGAGUGCUGGGAUUACAGGCGUGAGCCACCGCGCCCAGCUAGUUUGUCUUUUUUAAAGGUUACUAAGAUGAUUAAGGAGAUGAAACCAUUUCAAUUGGAAAAUAGACUGAGCGGAUGACAUUCAUUGGGCAGAUAAAAGAAGCAAGAAGCUGAAACCUAUAAAAGGUUGUGGACACAGGCCAGGUAUGGUGGCUCCCACCUGUAAUUCUAGCACUUUGUGAGGCCGAGGCGGGUGGAUUGCCUGAGCUCAGGAGUUUGAGACCAGCCUGAGCUAUGGGGUGAAACGCCAUCUCUACUAAAAUACAAAAAAUUAGCCAGGCGUGGCAGCAUGUACCUGUAAUCCCAGCUACUUGGGAGGCUGAGACACGAGAAUCACUUGAAUCCAGGAGGCAGACAUUGCAGUGACCCGAGAUCGCACUGUUGCACUCCAGCGUGGGACACAGAGCACGAAUCCAACUCAACAAAAAAGGUUGUGGAUGGGGUGAUCUGACACUUUUUCAAAAAAUGCCAAAGCUUUAGAAGUACACAGAACCAUGAAACUUUUAUAAAGUAACUGAAAGAUAAGAAAAUACAGUGAUUCUUUACAUCAUUUAAAAAAUAAGCAUCAAGAACUCUAUAAAUCACUAAUAAAUAGAGGUUUAAGAAUGGCUUGGGUAAACUGGUGGGUUAGUAAGUCCAUAAUAAGUUAUGCAGCUAGGCGGGGUGCAGUGGCUCACGCCUGUAAUUCCAACACUUUGGGAGACCAAGGUGGGCAGAUCACUUAAGAUCAGGAGUUCAAGACCAGCUUGGCCAACACAGUGAAACCCCAUCUCUACUAAAAAAUAAAAAACAAAAACUAGCUGGACAUGGUGGCACGCACCUGUAAUUCCAGCUACUUGGGAGGCUAAGGCAGGAGAAUGGCUUGAACCCAGGAGGUGGAGGUUGCAGUGAACUGAGAUUGCACCACUGCACUCCAGCUUGAGCGACAGAGAGACACUCUGUCUCAAAAAAAAAAAAAAAAAAAAAAUGUUA